GAACGUACAGCGCGGAAACGGGCGGCCUCAUUGUGUUAUUGAUUGCCAAAAUCAGUUCUGCUCUUUUGAUAUAACGUUCCUUCAGCUCGACUGAAACGUCUUAUUCCUCACAACAGUAGGGAUGCGUGAUUCCAUUACGAAAGACUGCGCCUUCCUUUUUUGGUGAUCCGCGUGACAACAAGAUGCCCAUCCGAGCUUAUUGCACAAUUUGCUCCGAUUUCUUCGAUCACUCCCGAGAUGUUGCUGCCAUCCACUGCGGACACACGUUCCACUACGACUGUCUUCUUCAGUGGUUUCAGACGGCUCCUACAAAAACCUGUCCACAAUGUAGAAAGCAGGUCAGUACCAGGCACAUUAUCAACAAGCUGUACUUUGACAUCGGUGAAGAGCAGGAGGGCACAACGGACCCGGAAAGCUUGCAGAAUGAGCUUGAUCGAAUGAAGGUGCUUUUAAGCUCCAAAGAACGAGACUGGCGGGACAAGCAGAAGGCGGUGGACAGUUUAAAGGACAUCCUGGACAAGCAGAGGAGAGACCUGGACAGUGUACGGAAGGAUGUUAUGGAAAAGGAGAUGCUUUGUUCUAGCCUCAGAAAACAGAUGACAUACCUUGAGACGCAACAGAAUGAAACUCAAGCUGCUAAGGAAGAAGCCCGGAAACUCAGGACCAGAAUGAAAGCCUUUGAGAGCCUGGAUGUGUUGUUGCAGGGCCAAAGAGCAGAGGUGGAGUCCAUGAUCUCCGAUAUGGGUGUGAGCCAUGCAGCAGUGGAGCAGCUUUCCAUCUACUGCAUCUCGCUCAAAAAAGAAUAUGAUAAUCUAAAAGGAAGUUUGAAGUCCACCAAUGACAUGUGUGAGAAGCUGAAGAAAGAAGUGCUCUCCUCAAACAACAAGUUGCACAAAGCCACGGUGGAGGGGAAUCGCACCAAAGACGACAUGAAAUCUCUGCAGAACGAUUUGGCCAACGCGGACAAGGAGAUCUCUAGCCUUAAGAAGAAAGUGGAGUUUCUUCAGAAGACUCUGAGCACGCCGACUCGGACUAACGAAGCCCUCAGCCGGCUGGUCUUUGAAAGCCCUGCCCCAUUGGAGCUGAAGCAGCCUCGCCUCCACCCGCCCUCAGACAGCCAUGAUAUUGACCUCAACACGACGUACGACGUCACCACGCCGGACGGAUUGGCCAAGAGACAAACGCAGUUCCAACCCAAGAAGAUGCGGCUGGAUCCUCCGGCGUCGUCUGUGUCCAAACACUUUGAGAAAAGUUCCUCCGUAAGCAAGACUCGAGACGAGGAUGGUUCCCUGGAUCCUUUUUUGCGGAACUCCCUCCUCUUCAGAAAGAAGACUUUCGGCAGCAUGCUGGACCCUCAGAGGAAGCUCGGAGUUGUGAGCAGUGGUUAUGACGGUUUAGGAGGACGUACUAAAUUCAUCCAACCUUCUCCGUUAGCAGAGAUUCGCCCGCUGAUGAAAGCUAAAAGGAAAAAGGUAACUAGGCCUCAACCCAAGAUGACACCUUGCCUGACUCUGGACGGCUUCCUCGAGUGAAGGACGACGCCGGUUUGUGCUGCUCCGGACCACAGAACCAGCACCAAACAGGACUCUGAUCAAGACUUCCUUUCACAGCAGUGACUGACCUCGUGACGACAGUGGAUGCUGAGCAUGUACCAGCAAACCUGCUGCAUAGAUUUCUUUUGUCUGUCGAUUUAAAAGCUUUGUGUCGGAGCGUUAGGGGCUCUGUGUGCGUGUGUGUGUGAGAGAAACCAACUUAUUUAUGGACCAUUCUCAUGUCAGUGCUCGUUGAUAUUCAAUAAUGCAUCUGUCCUCUAUGUUCUGGAAAAAUAGGUAUUAUUUUUCACUUAUUUAAAAUCCAUCCAACAUGUGGAUGUUUUUCCUCAAGGUAUUUUUUAGUUUCGAUGGUCCUGCCAGAUGUAAACCCAAUGCCGAUAAUAAACAAUAUAUUUUUUUUAUUAAGGAUUGUGUGGGGUCUACAAACUAUUCCCUCUUGACUGUGAUUUCAUCCACAAAUAUUCCACUGAGGUGUGCUCCCUGCAGAGGGCAGUAUACGCUGUGUUAUACGCAGUGUUUUCAUGCAAACAUGAAGCUCAGGACUGGACUGUGCCACUAGAGCAGGAAACCUUCAAGGGAAAUGUCAUGUCAAAAGAACCUUCAGUAAAACCUGAGUUGUACACAGAGAUGAAGUAACAAAGUACACUGCAAAAUCUCAUUAUAUGAAAUGUGUGUCCAGGAAUCAUUAGAGGACCUUAAGUGGCAAAACAUUGAAAAGCUUUUAGAUGUGUGAAACACUGUAUAAAAGUAGCAUGUAGAGCAGGAUCCUGCUCUGAAUCACUUCUAUCCUGUUUGCACUCGUGGAUUUACAGCUAACAGAUGGAAACCUGCGUUUACCUUUUGUAAUUGCAUACACAGCACUAAUUAAAGUGAAGCACU